CCCCCCCCCUGUGGUGGAGAUCUGGCAGAGAGCCGAGCACCAGUGACGGAUCUGUAGAUGCCCAGCCUGUAGCCCGGGCCUCCCGGCAGCUCUGACACCCUCAGGAUCUCCUCUCUGGCUCGCGCUCCUCUGACCCCGAAGCUUCUGGACCCCCUCCCCCUGCAGUCGCCAUGGGAACCGUGCUGUCCUUGUCCCCCAGCUACAGGAAGGCGGCUCUGUUCGAGGACGGGCCGGCCACGGUGGGCCACUACACGGCCGUCCAGAACAGCAAGAACGCCAAAGACAAGAACCUGAAGCGGCACUCGCUCAUCAACGUGUUGCCAUGGAAACGCAUCGUGGCGGUGUCGGCCAAGAAGAAGAGCUCCAAGAAGGUGCAGCCCAACGGCAACUACCAGAACAACGUGUCCCACCUGAACAACGAGAACCUGAAGAAGUCCCAGUCCUGCGCCAACCUGUCCAGCUUCACCCAGGACCAGAGCACCCCGGCCCUCACCAAGACCUCCAACAACGCCCCCUCCUCGGUCAAAAAGGCCCCCCUGACUAACUCCAAUGUGGCCCCCGGGACCCCGAAGAGGGUGAUCGUCCAGGCCUCCACCAGCGAGCUGCUGCGCUGCCUGGGGGAGUUUCUGUGCCGGCGCUGCUACCGCCUGAAGCACCUGUCCCCCACCGACCCGGUGCUGUGGCUGCGCAGCGUGGACCGCUCCCUGCUGCUGCAGGGCUGGCAGGACCAGGGCUUCAUCACACCCGCCAACGUGGUCUUCGUCUACAUGCUGUGCCGUGACGUGGUCUCCUCCGAGGUGGACACGGAGCACGAGCUGCAGGCCGUGCUCCUCACCUGCCUCUACCUGUCCUACUCCUACAUGGGCAACGAGAUCUCCUACCCGCUGAAGCCGUUCCUGGUGGAGUCCUCCAAGGAGACGUUCUGGGACCGCUGUCUGUCCAUCAUCGAGCUGAUGAGCGCCAAGAUGCUGCAGAUCAACUCCGACCCGCACUACUUCACCCAGGUGUUCGCCGACCUCAAGAACGAGACCCAGAAGGAGGAGGAGAGGAGCCGCCUGCUCAUCGGACUGGACCGGAGGGUGAGGGCCAUCGCCUGACUGACUUCCUCCACGCGCCACGGAUGAACAGGCAUCCACCCCCCCACCCCCACUCCCGAGCCGGAUCAUCCCUUCCUCCUGGUUUUUGCUGAUGCAGAUCGGACCACCUGAGGACAGAAGCGCCGGAGCCGUCAGACGAUGGAGCCUCGACUUUUUGUUCUUUGUGGACGACCGGAGGGACAGUGAGCUGCUUCUGUGGGAGUUUGGAUUUAAAACACACAAAAAAGAAACAGCCAGUGGAUGUACAUCGUGUGUUCAGAAACUUUAUUUUCAUCUAGAAAAAAAAACCCACAAACGUGUAAAUGGAUGUGUUUGUUUUUAUUUUUUAUUCUUUGGAGGGACGUUGUGUAACCGUGUCAAUAAAAACAGAAUGCAACGAACACAAACCCACGUUUUAUCAGAAAACACCAAAUGCGGUCCAAAUAAGAAAUGGCUGAAGGAACUUUUCAAAAAGUCGGCGAGAGGACCGGGUCCAGAGAGAACGUUUUAGACGUAAAGAUGGGCGGGGGUUCACCUUAAUGGGAAACCGUCUCAUCAUCAGAUUAGAAGUCUGUAGAAAUCUUGGAUCUCGAAAGAUAAUGUUAAUAUUUGAUGGGCCCUCAGGGGCCACUGCAUUAAAACCAGGUCUGGUUCUGCUCUGGGCUCGGGAACACCCCCACUGGUCAUUAUCUGUAAACAGACAACAUUUGUGCUGAAGAUGGGAGAAACCAUUCAGUUUUAUCAAACGGUUGCUUCUCUAAUGGUAUAGGGGUGCAUUAGUGCCUCUGGCAUGAGCAGCUCGUACAUCUGGAAAGGCACGUCAGUAUAGUUUAUACAUCUGUUCCCGUCCAGAUGACGUGUUCUUCAGGGAAGGUCUUGCUUGUUUCAGCAAGACGAAGCGUCCAGUCCAACCAGGUGCUGACCCGUCCUCCCUGCAGUCCGGACCUCCGCCAUCAAACUCAGAUUUACCUCGUUUUUCCAAAACACGAUUUAAUUUCUUGGUUUCAAACAACAAAACCACGUGUUUAUGUUUACAACUCGUGGCAUUCUGGUUUUAUUUACACGGCGUUCCAUGUUUUUUUCAGAUUUAGGCCUGGAUUUGCUGAAACAAGUUUUCUUUGCGUUUUUAAAAAACAAAUAUUUAUUUAUUAGAAAUGUAACAUUUUGCACGUGUGCCAUGCAGUUUUACGGACUCUCCAGGAGCGAACUCGACUUUUUACUUGAUUUGUGAAUCAGCUGUGAACAAAGUAACGUUUCAUUUAGCUCUGCUCGCUGAAAUAGGCUCAUGGUUUACCAGGGACGUUCUUGUUCCGUCGUUUGGAAUGCUCUUUGGCUUUUACUGUUUUCCUUUGUGCUCAUGAUUCAGCGUUGGAAAUGUUACAACGGUGCCAUAUCUUUGAUGAAAACCCCACAGAUCUGAGAGAACUCGGAUAUUAAACUGUUUUAGGACCAUUUUCAUCUAAUUUUAGCUUCCUGCCAUUGAAGUGUUCAUUAUUUUUGGCACCUUCAGAGGAAUUUAAAGGGAAUACAAGGUGUGCUUAUCUUUGAUGGGAAUGAAGAUUGAUCUGGUUUAUGUCCAUACAUGUUGCAGGGAUUUGUCAUUUAAUGUGAAAAGGCCCUUAAGAUCAAAACCGCAGUCAAAUCUGACCAUCAUCAAUGUGGCAACCUCAACUUUAAGCUUCAGAAAACGUCCUGAAGAGGUUGUUUUUGCUCUGAUUUAGAACCCUCUCACAUAUCAGACUUUAAAAGGGGAAUGAAAAACAAGAAGAGCACAGAGAAGCCGGAGGAUGAUCCACAGAUUAUCAUCUUUGAGUAAAUCAGCGCGAGCUAGCUUCUUGGUUCUGGAGGAAACGAGGCGACCUCCAUCCAAUCAGAAGCUCCCGGGGGUCAAAGUGACCCGGUGCAGCCUGCAGAGGAGAUCUGCAGCUUUUUAUCGGAUUACCGAACAAGAAGCACCAAACGGGAGACGCCUCUCCUCUUUGCCGUGCUUUGAAAACCCAAAACAUCCCGAGUGGGUCCGACAGUUCCUCAGAAACGGAGACGUUCUGAUGUAGAUCAAAGGGAAACGCCUGCGUCGAGCUGCGAGGACAAACAGGAAGCAGGGAUCCCUAAAUCUGUCCCGGCUCCGUGAGAUGUGCCAUGCUUCUUCACUUGCAUCAUCACAGUUGUUUAUAAGCUCAUAAAACUUAGAGACUGAAGCGGUAGAUUAAAAACUUCUGUCCCAUUCUUUUCUGUAUCUUGUUGUGUAAUUUGUAGAUAAAAGAGCAGCAGUCAGAGGGCUGCGUGAGCGAGUGGAUGUGUGUUCGGACCUUUUAUUUCUAACAAAGAAUGUUUUCUUAUAGGGAUAAGGAGCAAACAAUGCACCUGUGUUGUUGUUUUUUUUAAGGACCCGCCCCCCUCCCUGCUGUAAUUUACUUUUUUGAUAUGUUUCUGCUUAUUUUAAUUUAUUUUUGUACUGUGAUGGAAAAAUAAAAAGC